AUGUCUAAACGUUCUCGAGUUAGCCGUGCUGAUAGUUUCGACCAACCCAAUCACCCUAACAAAAAUUCCUCUACAAAUAAUCCAACCAAGUUUUCCAAGCCACCUUCUUCUAGUCUUGCUAAUAAUGUUGUCGCAGCUGCAGCUGCGGCAACAGACUCUUCUUCUGUUGGAGCAACGGAGUAUAUCAGUGAGUUUCUCAAGGAGUGCUUCGUUUGCAAGUCCAUCCUCAAGCUGAAAAAUGACACCUACAUGUAUAAUUCAAAUCCAUACUGCACAGAGGAAUGUCGUCAAGUUCAGAUGGAUUUAGAUGAAGAAUUGGAGGAGAAGCAAUUGAAAGAAUCAGGGAAAAAGGUGGAGAAAUAA